GAACCGCCCUUUUCAGCUCCGGCCAGUGGAGGAGGCUGAACCCAGUCUCCUCUGAGUACAAGUAGAUCGUCUCAAACACUUCAUUUGAAUUUUACAUUACCGCAAGUAUACUUCAAGAUGGGCGACAAUAUCCAAGCAGCUGACGUCAGCAAUAUCGGCGUUGACCCAGAUGUUGUGACGCCUGUCGAGACUGUUCCUGGGGAAUGUUGCGAGCUGAAAAGCCUGGUGCUUCGAUCGAAAAAAGGGGAGAUUGAAAUUACCGAGAAGAAUAGCAGGUCUAAAGAUGAUGAUCCAUACAUCAAAUUCGCGUUGGUCUCUAGACAAUCCUUCGACGAGAAUCACACCCACACUGGCACCACCUUGGAAAUCAAUUCGCCUCAAUUGCUCAAAGCUCUUAAGGAUGUCAUCACGUACUAUCCUGGAGAAGCCUUGGAGUUUAGGGCCAAAUUCACGAUUGAGGCACCAUACAUGAUGCUGGUACACUAUCGUGAAGACAUUCGUGCUUAUGGUGAGGCUUCUGGGGAUACCGAAACAAAAGCCCAUGUUAAAUUGUUGAUGAACUAUCUGGAUGAUGAAGCUGGUCCAAAGGGCGUGGAAACCAAAGAGAUGAUCAACACCGGUGUCAUCACGUUUCCACUACUGUGGAUGAUUUACAAACCGGGCGACAUCAUUUGCAAGCGCGAGAACGGCCACUCUCGUCUUUUCCAAGUGCGAAGGCACGGCUAUGGAGAAUCUCUCAAUCGUGGAAAGUACUUCGACAUCGGGUGCUCCUUCGUCUCAUACGAUGGCGAACACGCUGGCAUGUCAAGAGAAAGAUUGAGAAUCUGGGAUCGCCAAGAAUUCUUCGGUUUGUUCUCAACUACCAUCACAUUUCUCUCAGCAUUUCCUGUGAAAUUUCUUGAGAAAUCCGCCAGACUAGCUCUGGAAGACAAGAUGGCAGCCAGAGGACGUCGAUAUUUGGAUAUCAACGAACGUUGCAUCAAGCAAUAUGAUGGCUUAUUUCUCUAUCUCAAGCGACCACCUUGGGAUUACUAUAAUGAGAACGCCGCAUAUGACGGAACCUUCAUACCCGAGACUAUGAGCGGCCGGGUGGUCAUCGAUCCCAAGACGUUCAACGAAGAGGCGAGAGCACAGAAAGAACAAGUUGAGUCAAAGGCAGAUAAUAAUACAGAAGAAGUGGUAGAUUCGAAGAAACCAGCCGCACUCGAUUUCUCGGAGGACCUUCAUAGCAACGAUCUCGAUCCUAGACUUUGCCCUUCAUAUAUUUAUGGUUUUUCCCUCGAGAAGAAGGAGUGGUGCAAGUUCUUCGUGGACUUCAUGUCACCUGUGGAAUGGAAAUCAAACUCUCUCGACUCGCUCAUCAUCCCUGCACCUCAAAAGCGACUGUUGGAAGGUCUCGUUACAGGCCAUAGCUUUCCUGACAAAGCUCGAGAUGAGAAGAACCUCAAAGGAAAAGGAUUGGUUGUUCUACUACAUGGUACACCUGGAUCUGGAAAGACUUUGACUGCAGAGGUGACGGCCGAACAUACUCAGAGAGCGCUGCUCAAUAUCUCGACCGGAGAGUUAGGAAGUUACCAGAUGAGAAUCGAGGUUGAGCUUAAGCGCCUGCUUACAUAUGCUUCAACUUUUCAAGCAAUCGUGUUGAUCGAUGAAGCUGAUAUAUUCCUUGAGGCUCGCAAAAGUGGUCCUGCUGAUCAGCUUGAACAAAACGCGAUGGUCGCUGUCUUCCUCCGCCAACUCGAAUAUUUCCAAGGUAUCAUCUUCCUCACGUCCAACCGUGUCUCCGUCUUCGACCAAGCCAUCAAAUCUCGCAUCCACCUCGCGCUGCAAUACGCUAGUCCUGGCAAAUGUGUACGCCGUACGCUCUGGAAAAAGAACCUUGAAAGUGUUCCAAGAGAAGAUCUCGAUCUGGAUCUUGAAAAGGCGCUGGACGCGGUUGAGGGUACGGAGAUGAACGGUCGGGAGAUUUCGAAUUCGAUCACGACGGCCAAGACAUUAGCGAAGAGCGAGGGUUCGAAGCUGAAGUUGGAGUAUUUGCAGACCAUUGUACAGGUUUGGAGCGAGUUUGAGGAAAGUUUAUCGAAAAUGUCCGUGCUGGAGGGGUCGUGGGUUGAAAAGUAGAUUGUCGCAUGGGUUAUCCCACAUCGCUUUGAAAAACCAACAUCAUCCAGAAUUAGAGCCACUAGAAACAAUUCUGUUCAUUCUCAAUCUUCAACAAUUACAGAUUGGACUCAGAUGAUCUGCGAAAUCCACCCUUCUCAGGAUAGAACAAGCCAAAUAACCCCACACCAGACCAACAUUCAAACAAUCUGUUUCAGCUUUCCCGUGAAAGUAUCAAGCACAAGACCAAAGACCUCCAUAUUCUCCGCAAUCGUCGGAAAACUCUUCAAGAAAUCCACAUCUUCAACAAUCGUCUUAUAUGGAUCAUUAAUCGCCCCCCAACACCCAUGAUGGUCCUCCGCAAGACCAGGAUGCUUCUCCUCUAUCCUAUGCUGAAACUCAUCCUCGCCCUUCUCCCCAAACU